ACACACACUGCAACCUGUUGAAAGAUUGCUCAUGUGCAAAUCAUUGAUCGUUGUUUCUGGCUUUCCAAUGGAUACUGCAACAAACGUAUUUUCUCUGGAAUAAUACAGCAUGCUAAAGUAACGUAGAAAUACUCACUCUCUAAAGACAGAAAUUGUUACGCAAGAAACUUCCUCUUUUAUAUAAUCUCUCAGCAGUUGCAACAUCUGUGCAUGUGUAUAUUUAUUUAUAUAUAUUGUGUUAGAUACACAGCUUUGCCAUGCCUUCAGAAAUACUUGCUCAGGUAGUGCAACCAACCGAGUCAGGGUCAGCACCUGCCGGCAGUGUUACUGAAUCUAGUCCAAGUGGUGGUACUGGAGGGAUUUAUUCUGCCAUCAUCAGUAGAAAUUUGCCAAUUAUCGGUGGUCAUGAAAAAACUUAUGAGGAACUACGAAAGAAAUGCUUGGAAAGGAAGGUCCUUUUUGAAGACCGUGAGUUUCCACCCAAUGACAACUCUCUCUUUUACAGUCAAGAACUUCCUUUCAAGUUAGAAUGGAAAAGACCUAAAGAAAUAUGUGAAAAUCCCCAGUUUAUCAUAGGUGGCGCAAACAGAACUGACAUCUGCCAAGGAGAUUUAGGAGACUGCUGGUUUUUGGCAGCUAUCGCUUGUUUAACUCUCCAUGAAAAACUACUUUUUCGUGUUAUACCUCCAGAGCAAAAUUUCACAGAUAAUUAUGCUGGGAUAUUUCAUUUUCAGUUCUGGCGUUAUGGUGAUUGGGUUGAUGUGGUCAUUGAUGACUGUUUGCCAACGUUUAACAACCAACUGGUGUUUACCAAGUCUUCCCAGCGUAAUGAGUUUUGGAGUGCACUUCUGGAAAAGGCCUAUGCAAAGUUGCAUGGAUCCUAUGAGGCUCUUAAAGGGGGAAAUACUACUGAAGCCAUGGAAGAUUUCACUGGUGGUGUUACUGAAUUUUAUGAAAUUAAGGAUGCACCUAAAGACGUGUUCAAAAUCAUGAAGAAAGCAUUUGAGCGGGGCUCUCUUAUCGGAUGCUCAAUAGAUGAAAAAAAUGUGUUUUCCUAUGGGAUUGCUCCCCCAAGUGAUCUGGGGGAAUCAAUAAUGCGUCUGAUACAGAAUGUGGGUGACUCGAUGUCCGAUACAGACUUGGACAAAAAGCCUUCCUUGGGUAUUGUACCUGCUCAGUAUGAAACGCGUAUGGCCAGCGGAUUGGUUAAAGGCCAUGCUUACUCUCUAACAGCAGUUGAAGAGACUACAUAUAAAGGUGACAAAGUGAAACUUGUUCGUCUACGAAAUCCUUGGGGACAAGUAGAAUGGAAUGGGUCUUGGAGCGAUAAUUCAAAAGAAUGGAAUGUUAUCGAGAAAUCAGAGAAAAGCCGUCUACAGCACCAGGUUAGAGAAGAUGGAGAAUUUUGGAUGUCAUUUGAUGACUUCAUGAAGAACUUCACAAAACUGGAAAUCUGCAACCUAACUGCAGAUGCUUUAGAAGCGGAUCAGCUACAAACAUGGACAGUUUCUGUAAAUGAAGGACGAUGGGUUAGGGGUUGCUCAGCUGGGGGAUGCCGCAAUUUCCCAGAUACAUAUUGGACCAACCCUCAAUAUCGUCUCAAGCUCCUUGAAGAAGAUGAUGAUCCUGAUGACAAUGAAGUUGUCUGCAGCUUCCUGGUCGCUUUAAUGCAGAAGAAUCGUCGAAAAGACAGGAAGGCAGGAGCCAAUCUCUACACCAUUGGCUUUGCUAUAUAUGAGGUUCCAAAAGAGAUGCAAGGUAACAAACAGCACUUACAGAAGGACUUCUUCCUCUACAACGCGUCUAAGGACAGAUGCAAGUCCUACAUCAAUAUGAGAGAAAUCUCACAGCGAUUCCGCCUACCCCCCAGUGAAUAUGUCAUCAUCCCUUCCACCUAUGAACCCCACCAGGAAGGAGAGUUUAUUCUGAGAGUUUUCUCAGAGAAAAGGAACAUAUCUGAGGAAGCUGAAAAUAAGAUUGAAGCUGAUCGGCCAAGUAAAAAGAAAAAAGCCAAGCCAAUCAUCUUUGUUUCGGACAGAUCAAACAGCAAUAAAGAGUUGAGUGUGGACGAAGGGUCUGACGAAGAAAAGAAAAAAAAGAGCGCGGCUCAGAAAGAGAAAAAAGAUAAGCCUUCAAAAGGUAAUACAGACAAGGAGACAGAAGAGGAGAAGCAAUUUAGAAACAUUUUCCAACAAAUUGCAGGCGAUGAUAUGGAAAUCAGUGCUGACGAACUCCGAGGUGUCCUGAACAAGGUUGUUAAUAAACAUAAGAACCUGAAGACGGAAGGAUUCACUCUGGAAUCUUGCCGCAGUAUGAUUGCACUCAUGGAUACUGAUGGCUGUGGAAGACUAAACCUACAGGAAUUCUAUCAUCUCUGGGAAAAGAUUAAGCAGUGGCAGGCAAUCUUUGUGAAAUAUGAUGCGGAUCAGUCAGGCACCAUCAAUAGCUAUGAGAUGCGUAAUGCUGUUAAUGAAGCAGGGUUCCACCUCAACAAUCAGCUCUACGACAUUAUUACAAUGCGUUAUGCCAACAAGCACAUGAUCAUCAAUUUUGACAGCUUCAUCAGUUGCUUUGUGCGCCUGGAGGGAAUGUUUAGGGCAUUCAAUGCAUUUGACAAAGAUGGAGAUGGUAUCAUUAAGCUCAAUGUCUUGGAGUGGUUACAGCUUACUAUGUAUGCUUAAUACAAGCAUAUUCAGCUCCUGCAAGAUUCUGCUGCCUUCACCGAUUUGCUCCUACCCAAGGAUACAGCUCAGGAUAGUCCCAGGAUCUCUCUGUUGGACAGAACUUUUCACACUUACCUCAUAUUCAUUUCAUUCAUGUGCUCAUCCUGAUUAUUGUUAAUGAAAAAAAAUCCCCAGAAACGAUAAUUUACUUGUUGACGUUGUGUUCACGGUCGUCACAUACACUCCACAGCUACAUUUUGUUAUACAACAGCAGAACUGUAGAUCAUUUAUGAAGCCUAUACAUUAAGCUAUGGAGGAUAUGAGUGAAAAUCUGUCAUGUGACAUAAAAUCACAAACUGUAACAGGUUGUGUCUUUAGUUAUAUACUCCCCUACAUAUGUAAGUUUACUGAGGGCAACUUUUUUUUGUCUUCAGUAUUUAUUUAUAAUCUCUUUAGAGUACAUACAUGUAAGACAACAAUCUCACAAAGAGAUUUUUUAAGUUAGCAAAUUCCUAUACAAACAUCACAUUUGAGCAACCUCACUUAGUGAGUUCAGCCAAAAAAAAAGAAAGACAUUUCCCCUAUGUCUUCCAGUUGGUGAGGGCACUUUUAAAUAAGAGUGAAGGUUAGAGGCAUAAACAUAAAUGUAGAAAAAUAAUGCUCUAACAAUGUGUAGGGCUGCCACUAGAAAUUUUGGGGCCCCUGACUUAACCAUUGAUCAACCCCCCGCCCCCCCCCCCCUCCUUUGACAUGUGCAAUUUUUGACCAAACUAACAAAUAUAUGCACUUUAUUCUUAAGUGUAUAUUUAAGCUUGGAAAUGUUGUAAAGGUAGUAACAUACAAACACACAGACACACUCAUACACUGAAAAACACACACACUCACACAUAAGGAUUCACAUAGACACUCUAGCAGACACGCAAAGAAACACACUCAGACACAGACACCCAAACAGACACUCAGCACUUGUUUACAUUGACCUGACAAGUAAUGAGGUAGACUACAGUUUUGUAUAAAAAAAAAAAGGAGAUUUAGAAAACAAAAUAUGGAGUUCUGAUUAUCUUUUUGUAAAGGAAGAUACCAACUAAAUGAUGACAACAGAAGGCAGUGGCUGAAAGGAAGGGCCCUGAACUGCCUAAACAAUAAUUUAAAGGUUAAAUGGUGGAUUGGUGACUUCCGGAAAGGUCUCAUUAGUCUCAAAGUCUGUAGAAAUAUGUGAAUAAUCAGUAGCAAGGUCAAAAUGUCCUAAAAAGGAACAGACAAUGGACUCACACACAAACUCAAACUUGUACAUACACCCAAGGAAACACCGACAGAGACAGCCUCAGAAAACACACAAAGACAUACACACACACAGACACCCACAGAAAACACACAAAAACAUACACACACAGAGAGACAACCACAUAAAACACAGAAAGACAUACAUACACACAUCCUCACUGAGACAUCCACAAAAAACACACAAAGACAUACACACACCCUCACAGAGACACCCGCAGAAAACACACACCCUCACAGAGACAUCCACAGAAAACACAGACAUACACACCCACCCUCACAGAGGCAUCCAGAGAAAAUACACAAAGACAAACAUACACACACCCUCACAGAGACACCCAUAGAAAAAGCUCAAAGACAUAUGCACACACCCUCACAGACAUCCAAAGAAAAUGCACAAAGACAUACACACCCACCCUCACAGAGAGACCCACAGAAAAAAAAUACAUACACACUCAUAGAGACACAAACCAAAGUACAAAGACAUAAGCACAGACACCCACAGAAACACUAACAGGAGGAAACAUUUAUGCACCUUGCAUCCCCUAAAUCAACAGUGUGUGACAUGCAUGAUAAAAAAAAUUGUAGAAAUUAAAAGAGAUCAUUUUUUAAAGAAUCAUAUUUGUAAAUGUGCAAACAAAAAAAAUUCUGUGAAUUCAAAAUUGUACAUUAAUGAUCUGGGUAGAUGGCUAGAUGAAGAAAAGUACUUUUAAAAGGUUGACAUAUGUUUGUUUUUUCCCCAUUUUCCCCAACCAAGAGCCCCACUUCAAUGUGGUCUUGGUGGAACCAUAAGCUGUGGUACUCAUACCAUUAGAUCUGGUUAAAUGCAGGCUUUAGGCUUAUUGGUAUGUAUUUCAAAAUUAAGUCAGCUGUAGUGUAAACUGAACAGUUUUAAGUUAACCUGUCUCAUUUCAAACAUUGAGCAAUCUUAGUCUGAGAGUAUAACAUUUUAUGCAGAUGUAAAAUCUUAGAGAUAAAAUGCCUCCUUGCAUCUGGAAAGUCCUUGCAUAAAGGGACAGGGAACUGGAAUGUAAUAUAUAUAUAUAUAUAUAUAUAUAUAUAUAUAUAUAUAUAUAUAUAUAUAUAUAUAUAUAAAUAAAAUGCAUAUCUGCCAAAAGGGCACCUACCAUUUGUGUAUUGAGGAGGAAACAUUUCUGCAUGGAUUUAAAUAUAGAAUUUCUACAGCAUUGUCAAAUAAUAAUAAAUACACUGCUGCUAAAAAAAAAAUUGUUUUUAUGGACCCCUGACCCCACCAUACAACUACUACCACACUGAAGUUACAAUCCGAAAUUGCACAAAGAAAUAAAAAACAUUUCCUAAGUAAGUCCUUUCUCCUCUGCAAAUGAAAGUGAUCUGCCUUCUGACUCAGGCACACACUGUACAAACAAAGUGCCAAGUCUGUCUCACAAUGUGCAUAGUGGUUUAGUGCAUACUCAGAAAUUCUCUCAAAUGCUAAUACUUUACUCCUUGUAAUAACAUUUCCCAUGCUCAAUUAGCACUCUGCUGUAGUAUCCACUGGUGGCUGCCAAAAUGUAGUUCUUGCCUCAUGGGGGCCCCCCUGGCCCAUUGGCCCCUGACAGGAGUCACCCCUGUCAGCCCCUGAUGGUGGCCCUGACAAUGUGCAUAGAUUGUAUUCUUAGACCAUACAGAAACUGACUAGAACUGAUUUCAGUAGUAAAUAUUUGUUCCUAUCAUCAGUAAAAAAGCAACCAGUACAUACAUACUUGCACAUCUAAUAUCAUCAUACAAAAGUGUACAGGUUACAAUUUGUUUAUGGAAGAAUCAAACAAAUUGCCUAAAAUUCACAAUGGCAAUGUUGCAAUUUGAAUUAAAUGUGUUUUGUUUGCUUUUUUGGAACUUGUGACAGCUAAAAUAACUUCUAAUCACCACAAACACAUACAAAGAGAAGUGCUCAAUAGAUUGUUCUAUGGCGAUUUAAUACCUGAGAGUAGCCUCUUUUAGCCGCAUUGUGCUUUUCACAGAGAAAAACGUUCCUGAAGUAUAUCAGUCUGAUUCCGCCUAACAAGGUUAGUCCAGGCAAUCCCUCUCUAAAAAGGAAAAUGGCAACUCCAGAUGAUCGUUUCUGCCUUCCUUGGGUCUCGUCAAUAAGGUGCAGCCAAAUUUUUCUAAGCACAUUGCGCAAGGAGUCCAGUGUCUGGUUUCCCCUAUCAUCCCUAGGGUCAUAUUACAAAUAAAUACAGAAAGAUAAGUGCUCUCUCAGAACACAAAUACUCUGUUAAUUUUAAGACAAGAUGAUGUUUUAACACCAUUUUAUUUGAUCCUCAGAGUUUUGGAACUCUAUUCAACAAACACCCUACUUGUCAAUGCUGUCAUUGGCACAUAAACUAAACCUUGUCAUGUUGCUGCUGUUUUUUUCUUGGCAGGGCCGAUCAAUCAUCCAAAAGUGUCUUUAAAAAAAGUUGAUUGUACUUGAUAGUGAGCUUCAUAGCACUGACAUCAGAUACAUUUACCUUUGUAUUUCUGUUUUCUGGAGUGUGUCUAUAUAUCAUAUAGUAUUUUUAAUACACUUAGGCUUUAUGACAAAGUUAUCAGAAAGUCAACACUUUUUAAUGUGAGUUUUUAAAUAUUUUUUGUGUGUUUUUUAUUUAACUAUAAUAGAAGAAAUGCUGUGAAAUGUGAUUGUUUGCAUGAUACAUAUUUAUGUGGAAGUGUGAGAAUACAGUCUGCUAUUCUAAUUAAAAAAAAAUAGAUACUGAUUAUUCCAUUGUUAAGGAUAAUGAAUAUUUCCUUGUAAGUUUUCAUUUAAAAAACAAAACAAACAAAAAAAAACUAAAAUUACAAAAUGUCUAAGAAA